UCACUUUAUGACAUUUAAGGCUUUUUUUUUCUUUCACCUUUGCUUCUCUGUUGCCUUUUUCCUAAGCACAUAAUAGAAAUCUUCUAAUACUCUGCUAAUUAGGUGCCUGAUUUUCUGCACUUUCAAGAUUCUCUCCGCCUCUCUCUGGGUGUAGUCUGAUAUGUCUAACUGGAUUAACAAGUUCUUUCCAACAAUCAGCCUCUCUAUGACUUAUCUUUUAAAGUGAAUAAAGAGCCUGCGACUUCACAGACUAGCACCCUUGCAGCCGGCACAAAUUCUACAUGCACAAUGGGCAUCAAGAACAUUUCAAGCCUGAAAACAUAAAUUAUGUUAUAGGGUGAAACACUGUCUAAAACCACUGGAUCUAACACAGAGGUGACCAAGUUUUGUGCCUCAUCUUUAAAAAAAAAAUGGUUCUACACUAUAAAGACCAACAUUACAAAAGCAUAAAAGCAAGAUGCCAACGGGAUGGACGUCUUUUUGAAGACUCAGCUUUUCCAGCAAGUGAUCAAUCUCUUUUUUACAGUAGAAAUCCUCCCCCAGGGGUGGUCUGGAAACGCCCACAGGAGCUGGUCCAAUCGCCUCAUCUGUUUGCGGAAGGGGGUAUAAGCCCCCGGGACCUCCAGCAGGGCAGUCUUGGUAACUGCUGGUUUGUGGCAGCUGCUUCAUGUCUGGCUGGAGAUGAAUCUGUUUGGAAAAAAGUUAUUCCUUCUCCACAUGAGCAGGACUGGCCUACAUCUGCAUCUCACACACAUGCAGGUGUUUUCAGGUUCCGGUUAUGGAGAUUUGGCCAAUGGGUUGAACUUGUGAUUGAUGACCGUUUGCCCACAGUAGGAGGUGAACUGCUCUUCUGUCGACCAGAAAGAAAAGGUGGUGCAUUUUGGUGUGCACUGCUCGAGAAAGCAUAUGCCAAACUCAAUGGUAGUUAUGAAGCUCUGGAUGGAGGUAGCACAGCAGAGGCGCUUAUCGAUUUCACAGGCGGUAUCUCAGAACCAAUCAAGCUUCUGGAGGAGAACCUUGGAAGUGAUGUUGAGAAGAAGAAGAAGCUUUUCAAGGCUCUCAUUAAGGCUUAUUCCCGGUCAUCGCUUAUCAGUGCUUCAAUUAGGCCCUAUCCUGGUCAGUCUGAGGAGGAGGUCCUCUCUAGUGGCCUAGUGACAGGUCAUGCAUACAGUGUCACCUCUGUACGUAGCAUCACUCUGAGGUCUGGACUUUUGUCACUUUUCCAAACGCACAAACUGCGCCUUAUUCGUCUUCGCAAUCCCUGGGGCAGUGGAGAAUGGACCGGAGCCUGGAGUGAUGGGUCAGAGGAAUGGAAGAGAGUCAGUCAUUCCCAGAGGAAGAAGAUGGGGGUCACUGUGAGCGAUGAUGGUGAAUUCUGGAUGAGUUGGGAUGAUUUCUGCACUCACUUCACUGACCUUACUCUCUGUCGCCGAGUAAACACUAGCUUUCUGAGCACUCACAAGACCUGGACACAGGAGUCUGCUAUGUCAGCUUGGAACCAGGAUCCUAGUCCUUUGAAAGAUCGGAGUGGUGGCUGUCCCAAUUACAAAGAAACCUAUCUACACAAUCCCCAGUUUUCCUUUGAUGUGACAUUGGAUCAGGACUGUGCUCUAAUCUCACUGGAGCAAGAAGAUCGUAGGACUCAGCGUAGUUCAGGUCAAGGAGGAAACCUGCCCAUUGGGUUCUUUGUUUUUAAGGUAGAGGUUAAUCGCAAAUAUCGUCUUCAUCGCACCCCAUGUAGAGUAUCCUCCUCCACGUAUAUAAAUUCUCGAAGUGUUUUUCUCCGCACUGAGUUGCAGAAAGGCCGUUAUGUUAUUUUACCAACCACAUAUAGUCCAGGCCAGACUGGCUCCUUCCUGCUACGAGUAUAUACAGACAAAGCCAGCCAACUCAGGGAGCUCACACAAGAUGUCCCGAAGCCUUCUUGGUUGUCAUGUUGUCUUGGAACACCACGACUUGUCACUUCUGUCACUGUACAUGCUGCCUCAGGAUUGUCAGUUCUAGGGAAAAACCAGGAUCCUGCUGUGCAUGUCACAAUACAUUGUGAGGGUAAGAAAGUGACAUCAAGAACUGUAAGAGGUCGUAACCCUGAGUUUGAUCUGAAAGGAGUGUUCUACCGCAAACGAGAGCAGCGACCUAUUGUUGUACAGGUCUGGCAGUCUAACUGUUUACGGGAUACUCUCCUGGGCAGUGUGUCUGUCCCCUGCACUGCAGGAGAGAUUGAUCAGACCUCUGUUCUAAAGAUACAGGGCAAAGAAGGAAGAUCAGCUGGCUACAUCAUGAUAGAGACUUCUACCAGCUCUGACCUGACCAUGCUCUGAGAGUCCUCAUAUUUAUUACUCUGUUCUGUGCACCUUAUCUUCAUGUUUCUCUGCUACUUACCACUUUUAUUUGUUUUAUUCUCUUUUUCAGUCAUUCUCCAAUUACUUCUCUCCUGUCAGUUCCUUUUUCAUUUUUUUUUUUUUUUUUACUCAUUUUACUUUUUGUCUCUUUUAUUUGUCUCUCUUUAAUUUUCUCUUCCCCCAAUCUUUUUUCUAUUUUUUGUUGAUAAUGUACAAUUUUAAUUUAUACCAACAUCUAAUUAUUUCAUAUUAAAGAGAUAUAUAACA